AACAAUGAAGCCGUCGAAGUUCACUGUUUUUUCUUUUGUCCGUAUCUUAUACUUUCAUUAAAUAUUCCCUUUAACGUUUUAUUUUUUUGGUGAAAAGGGUAUUCAUUACUGUUUUAUACUUUCGCCUUUGGAAACUCCGUUCAUUUGUCACAAUAAAGAAACAAAUUUCGUCUGUGAUUUCAAUGAAAAAACCCAACAACCCAUCGAUGAUUUCCACGUCUUUGUUACUCGGAAUCCAAUUAACCACUUUUUGAUGCUACAUUGAUCCAGCUUCAGUUUGCAGAUCCCUCUAGUAUGGUUUAAAGUGACUGUGAUCUUGAUCUUGGUUUUGGUUAUUUCCAGCCAUGGCGGUUGCCAGCGAUUCAAUACUUGCUCGUAGUCUUAUAACUGAAAGAGCCACAAAAUUUGGUUAUAAAAAUGAAGCUUUUGGAGCCAAGGUUGUACCUUGCGGGGCUAUUGGCAAUGGAGGUAAAGUGAAGGGCAUGGUCAGGGUUGAAGUCAAAGCAUCAGUGCAAAUUGGUGGUUUAGAGGAAGUAAAGAAAGCAAAAGGAGAAUUGAUUUUUGAUGUAGUGUCCGAGGGGGAGUUGAGAGAAAAGGGUUUCUUGGGGAUGAGGAAAACAAAGCUUGUUUGCACCAUAGGGCCGGCUUGUUGUUCGCUGGAGGAUUUAGAGAAGUUGGCAUUGGGAGGAAUGAAUGUGGCUAGGCUUAAUAUGUGUCAUAACACACGGGAUUGGCACCGUGAUGUGAUUAAGAAGAUCAAGAGGUUGAAUGAGGAAAAGGGUUUCUGUGUUUCAGUUAUGAUUGAUACUGAAGGUAGCCAGAUUCAUGUGCUUGAUCAUGGUGCUCCCUCUACUGUCAAAGUAGAGGAAGGUUCCAUCUGGUUAUUUACAGCUCAAAAGUUUGAGGGUUCCCGUCCAUUCACAGUUCAAGCGAGCUAUGAAGGUUUUUCUGAAGGUAUUGAAGUAGGUGAUGUACUUGUCAUUGAUGGUGGAAUGGCUAGCUUUGAAGUAAUUGAGAAAGUUGGGAAUGAUUUGCAUUGUCAGUGUAUAGACUCUGGUCUAUUUCUGCCUCGUGCCAAAUUUAGCUUCUGGAGAGAUGGAAAGCUUGUAGCAAGGAAUUCCGAGCUUCCCACGCUCUCAAAAAAGGUUCAAUUCAUUAUGAUUGAUUGGGCCGACAUUGAGUUUGGAGUUACUGAAGGUGUUGACUUCAUAGCGCUCUCUUUUGUCAAUGAUGCUGAUUCUGUUGGGCAAUUAAAGAACUAUCUCUACAUGAGGUCAUCCAGAUCCACUAGGGUGUUGGCAAAGGUUGAGAGCUUGGAAUCACUCCAGAAAUUGGAAGAGAUUGUAAAGGCUUCUGAUGGAAUCAUGGUGGCUCGAGGUGACCUUGGAGUUGAAAUCCCUUACGAACAGAUUCCGACAGUCCAAGAGGAAAUAACUCAUAUUUGCAGAGAAUUGAACAAGCCAGUUAUUGUAGCUUCUCAACUUCUUGAGUCAAUGGUUGAAUAUCCAACCCCAACACGAGCUGAGGUAGCAGAUGUUUCUGAAGUAGUUCGGCAGUAUGCGGAUGCCUUAAUGUUAUCAGGUGAGUCAGCUAUUGGACCAUAUGGGCAGAAGGCUCUUUCUGUCUUGCAGAUGGCUAGUAGUCGGAUGGAACUAUGGAGUCAGGAGGAAAAUCGACGAAGUAUUCUCCACCAGCGCCAACUUGGAGUGUCAUUGCCUGAUCGCAUUGCUGAGCAGAUCUGCAAUUGUGCUGUUGAAAUAGCUAAUAAUCUUGGCGUUGAUGCCAUCUUUGUGUACACAAAGCAUGGACAAAUGGCAUCACUCCUGUCUCGCAACCGUCCAUACCCGCCCAUAUUUGCGUUCACAACUGACAAUGGCACCCGUAUGGCUCUGAAUCUUCAAUGGGGAGUUAUUCCCCUCCUUGUUGACCUGUCAGAUGAUAUGGAGGCUAACAUCUCAAGAACCAUUGACCUUAUAAGAACAAAGGGGAUGUUGAAAACUGGAGAUACAGUUUUGGUGGUCUCAGAUUUAGCUCCAACUCAUAUAAAUUCCACUGCAUACCAAUCGGUCCAAGUGAAGACAGUUGUUUAGGAAGUCAUUUGCCUUGGACAUGCUGCUCAACUAUUGUCCAUUAGGAAGUACCAAGUCACACAUGUUAAAUCAUUUUCCUAUGAUCAUAAGCUUGUUGCAUGACAAUAAUUCACCAUUAAUACUUGUGAAAAUGCGUGACAGAUCAUUUUCAGCUGCUAUUCUAUUGUGUAAUCACAUUUAGAUUCAAUUUAAAAUGCUUCUGACUUGAGGGAUGGAUAGUUGA